AUGGAGACGCCUGUAGACAAGGAAAGACGCAGAUUAAGAAGGAGGGAAACUCCACACCCAUCAAUUCCUAAACUCGUGCCACGACCUAACCUUAAUCACCAAGCUCGAUCAUGGGGCUCUUCUUCCACUUCAGCAUCUACACGAUCAACUGCCAACCAGCGUGGAGGUUCCGGAUCGCUACCGUCGGCUCAGUCCAUGGAUAACCCAAGUUCUAACCCUAAUUUUCUGCGGAGGAAGAAGUCUUCUUCAUCCGGCGAUGUCAAGGUCAAGACUACAUGGAUUGGCUUAUCUCGGACGGACUCUUCGACUUCGUCCCAGCAUAAGCGUCAAAGCUCACUGGACCCUUCUUUCGGCAUCCACCUGGAUAGGGAGCCCGCCAGCUGCCCUGCCGAGAUUCACAUUUUUGAGGUCAUCGAGGCAAAGAAAUCUUCCGAAUCGCCAGUGAUCUAUCCCGAACUGGACCGUGAUCGCAACAUUCGACGUCCGGCUGACAGCUCGGAUAACCGCAUUGAUGUUCCCUUCCGGUUAGCAACACACGAUGUUCCAUCUCCAACUCUAGCCAACCUGCUACUUUCCGCAACUAGUAGAUGCCCAUCCACUAGAUUCUCCGAGUCAUCUGGACCAGGGUCAUAUAGUCGCGACACCACUCCCACCCUGAAUGCAUCUCAGCCUGCUAGUCUUGUUGCACCUAUUCGCACUCAGACCAAGAACCGAUUGCAAGAACUUGUCAUCAACAGGCCUUCUGUGACACGAGGAGCUUGUGGAGGUUUCCCUGACCUGAUGCUCACAUCACGCGCCUCACACGUUGAUGCCAUCACCGUUGAUCCCCAUGGUCACACAGCUGUUAGAGAGUCCCUGAGUUCAUCGCCAUCGAUUUCAACUGCUCUUGAAGCCGCCAUCGAGAAGAAGACCAAGCAAUUGCCCCCCCCACCACCCAGUUCUCCGCCAUGGAAGCCAUCGCAGUACCUUGGUGAAGAUACAUCGUUGUUCAAACCGGAGCGCAAGGUUUCAAGACCUGUUUUGCGAUCCACUUCCCCAACACUCCCCAUCAAAGGCGAAUUGUGCUUUCAGCCAGCAGCUGAGGCAACAGCCGAGUCGAAGAAGGGCAAGGGCCGCGAGCCACCUCGAAUGACAUGUACACCGAGUCAUAAUGUGGCAUCCUCCUCAAUCACACGCUUCCCAUUGUUGAGCCGUAAGAAGAAUCUUCGCAGGGGUCCUGCAGCUGGCUCAGGCCAUAAAGGAUAUGGACAUAUUGCAACGAUUCGUCCUUUGCGGAUCGGGUCAACCCAGUGGCCAUCGUUGGAGGUGCGAUCACCCGAGAAUCGGACUGCAAAAUCCGAAAUCUCUCGGAGUGUCAGUUCCCACUCGAGGCUCGGAAGUUGGCAGUCAUUGGCAGCUUCUCAAUAUCAGCCUCGAAACACUUUGUGGCUGUCACCUAUGUCACGCACUCCACAUCCAGAUCUUCUUGCUCGUCAUCCCUCCGAGAGCAGUGAUUCUGAAGGCCCUACAACGAAGGCGACAUUGGCUUCCCGAAGAUCUCCCAUCAACACAUCUGGAUAUGCAUCUUCACCCAUGACAAGUUUCGAUGCCAGUGUAAUGUCUGAUGCGUCCCACUUCGAGCUGCAACGGGAGAUUUCUCACGAGACCAAGUCUUCUCACCUUGCGCCCCAGAAGCUUGUCAAGAGGCCGCGAUCUCCUCGAAAGUGGAACUUGUUCGGAAGGUUUACCCAGACCUGUCAGCCGUCAGAACAAGAGGACAGCGUGCCAAUAAACGUUCUAAAUGUCUUGAGGUUUACAGAGGUUUACGGAGAACCACUUAGUAUUAUUGGGACUCCCGAGCUUCCGCAAGGCACACCAGAGAUGCGAUCAUCAACCAACUGUCCGUACCCUGCUAGUCGACGAAGCCGACUUCCUGAAGUCGGGAGAAUCCCCAAAGUUGUGAGGCACCGUACUGAGCACUUGUCGCCUAUAACCUAUGAUCCUGAGUCAAUUGCCAAAGGUCCUUCAAAUUCCAGGCCUUUGACUCCUGUUCCGGACCUGACUACCGAUGGCUCAACAGCCGGAAGCGCCGAAAUCUCUGAUGAAGAGACUCUACCUUAUGAUCCUCCCGCAGAAGACAGGGUGUGCGGUGAGUACGAUGAUCUCCUUGGAAAAGAUGCUGGUAAAGAACUUCCCUCCCCAACUUCUUCACGAGGUACACCGUUCCAUCUUGAGACUUACGAGUCGAAACUAGCUAGUAAGGAGAGGCCCUUGGAGCCGCCGAGGAUUGAUGCAAUAAACAUCUCCAGCACUCACAGCGCUGACAUGACUGAACGUCUUCGGGCGGUUUUCCAACACCACCCAAGCCCCAGCACUCCUUCCUCGGUCUCCAAGCUUGUUUCGGGAUACACAAUACGAGCCGAUGCCAGCUCCUCUUCGGAAGAUGGGCCACUAUUUACACAGGUCAACCUCAGAGUUGGCUCAAUGACGGUGAGUAAGUGGCUUACCUUUGGGCAUGUCCUCUUCAGUGAUGUUCGCCAUGAGCUGGUUCCUGUUGAGGGAUCACUGAAGAGACACUCAAUCCUUGUUAUUGAUGGCCUUGAGUUCGUCUUCAAGCUUCCCUCUCAGUCCUCCAAACCAUCCCAAUACGUCUCUCUCUUCGACAAGUUCCCAUUCGCCCCUCAAAGCUUUACGGCUGUUGCAUACCGCUUCCCUGUAGCAGGGCCUGAAGCAUACUACCGCAGUAUUCACACCGAAGCUCGUCGUGUGCUAAAGCCAGGAGGCUUCAUCGAGCUCUCCACUCUCGAUGCAGACCUGAACAACAUGGGCAAUCAGGGCCGACGUACAGUUGGCCGUCUCAAAGAGAGAAUCAAUGAGAAAACACCUGAUACUAGUCUCGGAUCAACCGCGGAUCUCAUUGUUCGUCUUCUCGGCAAGGUCGGUUUCACUACCAUCAAGGCAGCACGAGUGGGUGUCCUUGUCGCAAGUUCCGUCAUUCGCUCAGAUAGCAAGGCUGAUAAAGGCAAUGACGCUGCUGAGAAGGAGAAGGAUCCGCCAAGUCUAUUCGAGAUGAUGAGCGACAACAGCCCCUUGGCAGAUGAGGACAUCACCAAGAUGGUCAGCCGCGUUAGACGAUGGUGGUACACGCGAUGCUAUGAAAACGCAGCUAAGAAGCCCUCUGGAAAGAGUAUUUGGAGCGAUAAGGCCCUACUAUCUGAGUCUGAAAGGCUCGGUACAAACUUUGAGCUCAUGGUCUGCUGCGCUCGAGCUCCUCUUGAGCGCAUCACAAGUGUCUAA